CUAUGGUACGUGUCCAUUGUUUUUCUACAAUGUUAUUUUUCUGACUGCUGCUGGUGGACGAAAAUUUUGUUCUCGCUGCGUCGAGAGUGAGUUUGUGCUAGUGUUCGUGUUCGAUACAGUGAUUUAUUUGCAAUAGAUCACGAAGAUGUCGUCACCGAGCGCUGGAAAACGUCGUAUGGACACAGACGUCAUAAAACUCAUUGAAAGUAAACACGAGGUGACGAUACUGGGCGGCCUGAAUGAGUUCUGCGUAAAAUUCUUCGGACCCGCCGGCACUCCCUACGAGGGCGGCGUGUGGCGGGUGCGCGUGCACCUCCCGGACCACUACCCCUUCAAGUCGCCGUCCAUCGGCUUCAUGAACAAGGUCUACCACCCCAAUAUAGAUGAGGUGUCCGGAACUGUUUGUCUGGACGUUAUCAAUCAAGCGUGGACCGCGCUUUACGACCUAUCAAAUAUAUUCGAAUCGUUCCUGCCGCAACUGCUGACGUACCCCAACCCGAUCGACCCGCUCAACGGGGACGCCGCCGCCAUGUACCUCCACAAACCCGAGGAGUACAAGAAGAAAGUUUCAGAUUACGUGCGAAGAUUCGCAACGGAAGAGGCCCUGCUCGAGAAGGACGCGAUCACGGGCACGGGCGCCACGUCCGCGCCCGCGAACGGCGCCACAAGCGACACGGAGUCCUCCAUGUCGGAGUUCAGCGACGACGAGGCGCACGACAUGGAGUUAUAACGCCCGCAGCGCUCGCUCGCCCGCACCCCCCCCACGUACCGCCCUGUACCGCUCACGUGCCAAGCGUUGUGAUUCGUAUUUCGAAUUUGGAUUGUCGAAAAUUGUAGAUGCCCGGUUCUUUUGAAUU